AAAUAAUCCACCUUGGUGGAUAUUGAGCGUUGAAUCACGUGUUUGUCUAUAUAGUUACUCUAGAAUAAUCUUGCGUGCUAUUAGGUUGCGAACAUGUCUGGUGAUCGUCAAGCAGCUGUUCACCUACCAGUACUCUGGGCCCAAAGGAAUGAUUGCCUCUACAUCACUGUCGUUGUUAGUGAUGUAGUAAAUAAGACUGUUAAUGUUAAAGAUAAUUCCCUAGAGUUUAGAGCGGAAGCAGGCAAGGAUAAACCUAUUGAGUAUGAAGUUAAACUUGACUUUUAUGGAAAUGUUUGUACAGAGGAACCAAAAAUUACUACUUCCGGUCGAGAAGUUUUUAUUUGCAUAAAAAAGAAAGAAAACGGUUCAUGGCCACGUCUACUUUCACAGAAAACAAAAUGCCCAUGGUUGAAAACAGACUUUAAUCGCUGGAAGGACGAGGAUGACUCAGAACCUGAUAUGGAUGGAAAUAACUUUUCUAAUAUGUUGUCUCAGAUGUCCAAUUUUGGUGACUAUGGAGGCGAUGAUGGUAUAGACGGUGAUCUCGAUUCUGACGAUGAAGACCUCCCUGAUUUGGAAAUGCCAAAUGCAGAUGCUAAGAAGUCUGAAGAAAAUGGAACCGAGGAAGAAACGGAGAAAAAGACACCUGAAGAGGAAGCUUUGCCAGUUAAUUGAGAAGUGAUCCAUCAUUCACCCGGUGGUUGUUUGUCUAUGAACCGCCUGUAUAUGCGCAUUUUACACUUUCACCAUUGACUAUGUUCUUAUUACAGCCUUUUACGAAGUAAUCUUGUUGUUUGUUACAGCUUUAAUUUCAUCUUAAUUCAGCUAUGUUCACUGUUUACUUGGGGUCAGUUUUUGACUCAAAUGUCCAUAACUUUUCGAUGUUAGUGGCUGUGCAUACAAUUGUAAUGAGUUUAAAUCUUAAAGUUCUCUGUAAAUUCCAUUCUUGACAGCAAUAUGUGGAACUAACUACUCGUCAUAGCAUAGAACUUUGAAAUAACUUGGGUUGUGG